AUGUUCCCCGACGUCUCCACCCUCACACAACCACGUAUAGCUUGCUCUCGGUUGUUGUCUACCGCGCUGCCAUCUUCCUCCACGUAUCUGCAAAUCCCUAGAGUUGCCUCUAUACCACCCACCCCCUCCGAAAGCAACAUGUCUACUGCUGCCCGCCGCCGAUUGAUGCGUGACUUCAAGGUAUGCCAUCCAUGUGCUCUCCAUGUCUCCGACGCCUCUUACGGUCAGAGUGGAUCAUACUGCAUAUAA